AUGGAAGAUGCACAGGACGUGCCCUGCGCGCCGGCCGAGGUGCCGCUGAGGCGCGGACACGCCCCACCUGAUCCGCCUCGGCCUAUUCAGAUGCUGGAAGUGCAUAGUCCGCUGCUUGAACUGUUCGGGUCAUUGACCCCGUCCAGUACAGAGGUCGCGUCUGGGACCAGUGAAAUCGAGCUUUCUGAAGCCACCGCCCUCUCCUCCGACGUGGCCGGGGAAACAGUCGAGGAUGUCCCUGCGUCUGUUCCUAGCACACAGGAUCAAACGGUACAAGACUCCGUGACCAGUGGCAAGCCAAGUUUACCCAAUCGCAAAGCCAAGCGACAAGCGAAACCGAAAGCGAAACCCUCGCACACGCAGUCCUUAUGCCAACCGCCUGCGCCCCGGUCGCCACGCGGUCGGGCCAUGUCACCGUCGGCGCCUUCCAUCAUCAUGGCCAACACGCGAGAAACCAAAACCUGGAUGCACAUGGACGAAUUUUGCAAGACUUUCAGCCGGCUCCACCUGUUCUACUCGACGUCAGCGCUGCGGCACCAGUGUGUGCUCUCCGACCUGGCACCGGCGGCCGCGCCCGCCACCGUCGGUACCGGCCGCGACAAGGAGAAGGGCACGGGCGGCAAGAGCCGCAUGUCGACCAACAGCCGCCACUCGGACAGCGAGCACAGCCUGCGGCGAGUCGACCACACCGAGCCACUGUACCUCUUCCUGGACAGCCUGGAGAGCUCCGUGAUCUACCUGAAUCUGCACACUGCGCCCCCCGAACCUCCACCCGAACCUACGACUCCUGAACCGCCCAUCGGGACAGACGAGUCGCUGUCGCCAACCGACCACAGCGUCCGCACUGGCCGGAGCGCCGUGACGCAGAGCGGGGACAGCGCUCCGGGCGCGGACCCGUCCGUGCUGGCCAGCGGCGACACGUGGCCCGGCUGCUGGUGA